AUGAGUGCUGAAGAUCAAAAGACCGGAAAGCUCAGUAAAGAAACCGCCGCGUACAAAUUCUGGAAGGAAUUUCAAGAAGAACGAUUAUCCAUUCAAAAUUCAUUGAAUGAAUUACCGGGAAAGCCGAGGUCAACUAUUCCAUCGUUAU